AUGAAACAAUUUUCCUCAAAACUUCAAAAUAAAGUACCAAAAAAAAUUUUAGUACAAAAGAAAUGUGAAAAACAAUUUGUGAGUAAGUCACGUGAUAGCUCUCCUCUGUGGAAGUUUAGCUUAUUUAGACUGAAGGUAAGUACCGUCUGCUGUCCAAGAAAUGCGAUGGUAAACACUUUUGGGAACCCUUGGAGAAAGCAACCUCUCAGAAACAGACUGGGUGAUCAAACUUUUAUUUUGAAAAUCUAGUCACAGCUGGGUAAAGCUGUUGCAAGAAAGGCAUCAGUUACAUCAGGUAAUAAAAAGUCAGUUUACUUUACACAAAAUGAUAUUACUGAAGAAUGGAAGUUGACCUCUUGCCCUCUAAUAAUAUUUAAUAUUGCAAUAAAAUAAUAAAAAAGGAUUAAAAAAAAACUUUUAAAAUAAAAGGAGAAAAAUAUUUGGCUUAUUUCCCGAACAGAAGUUUGUGCUGAUGUCAUGUUAAGGGAAAUGUUCCAGUUGUGUUUUGGGCAGACCUUUUUUUCAGAUGGUGAGUUCACAGUCUUGUCUCUGAAGACUCCACAGCUGCAGCACUGUAAACACUUCCUCUGCGUGUAAAUCAGCAUCACCCACUCCUUCCUUCGUUUUCUCCGCCGCACACGUACCAGCAAGAGGUAAACACCAUAAAACCCUAAACAGCUUUUGUCGUAAUUAUUUACCAUCAUUUAUUGAGCAAAUGACGCAGGGAUUCCUUCGUUUUACAUCUUCAUUGUAAAGUGUUUAUUUUUGUUGUACCGAGGACUGAAUGGGAAACCACGGAAGGUUACUGUAAAAGGGAUUAUUAGCAAAUGUAAAUAGUAUUGGGUAAUAUUAAAAUAUUUUUUGUAAAGUAACAUGUUUGCUUUAAAAAAAAAAGCUGUUUUCAGAAGUUACAUGUUUUGGGAAACUUUCUGUUUCAGACUAAAAAUAAAAAAAAAAGUAUAAUAAUAAUUAUUAUUAUUUAUUGAACGCAACAAAUGUCUAAGAAAAUUGAAAUAAAAAAUUGAAACUGUAAAAACCUCAAAACAAGGAGCACACAGGUCGCAAUUUUGAUUAGUCAUGUUGAAAUGUCUGAGUCAUGCUUACUUUACUGAAGCACCUCCUCCUCCUAACUCCUUUAUAAGAGCACAUUUCUUUCAGUUACAGCAUUUCUCAUACAAACUUGUGUGUUCCAUAUUUAUUUAAUUUAUUAUUAUUUUUUCAUUUGUUUAUUAUUUAUUUUUCCUUAAAUUAAAAUGAUUCCAGAAAUGCCUCUUUCUCCAAAUACCUUUGUGUUCACUUUUUCUCUGAUUUUUCCACUUUGUUUUGGGUUUUAUCUCCCAGAUUCCAAUCCUCUUCUAGUCUUUAGUAAUCAGGUCAGAGAGGUGCAUCUCUACACAGAAAAUCACAGACGUGGGCUUUACCUGCAGAUUAACUCAGACGGGAGGGUGACAGGAAAUGAUGCUCAGACUCCCUACAGUGUUCUCCAGCUACAAUCAGUCAAACCCGGUUAUGUUGUUAUCAGAGGGCUGUCAUCCUCCCUGUUUCUAUGUGUGGACAGUGGAGGCCAUCUACAAGGACAGAAUGUCUAUACAGAGGCCGACUGCUCCUUCAGAGAGCUGCUGCAGGCGGAUGGAUACACCCGUUUCCUCUCCUCCAGUUAUGGAAUUCCUCUGUCUCUGGCAUCACGGCAUUCCUCGGAUCGCCCCUCCGUCCCGUUCACACGCUUUCUUCCACUCAGGAAUAUUCUACCACCGGAGAGCCCGCCCCAGCAGCCGUCCAACAACCAGAGAUUCCUCAACGUGGACUCUGGUGACCUCUUUGGGAUGGGUCUAAAUGCCGUCGUCAGUCCUCAUCUGUCAGUGGAAAAGUAAAACACUAUUCCGGGCAGAUUUAAGACAUAUUUAUUUGAAUUUGGAUGAAACUGUAGACUUGAUUUU